CAAAGAAGAAGAAGCACGCUUCUGUUUUUUUUCCUUCCAACAUGGCGGCAGCCAGGAGGUUGAAACGCGUGGCGGCCUCGCAGCCCGGCUUUUUAACGUUAAAAUCGUCCGUAAACCCCGCAGACCUGGUCAGCGGUCGGAGGAAACGUGUGAACAAGAACAAGAAGAAAAGCUGGAACAAGCACAGCGACAUAAACGACGUAGAGGAGUUCCUAGAGGACGUCAGGCACCAGGAGAGGACCACAGGGGGUCUGCUGUCUGAGAAGACAGACGACAGUUUGUUCUUUUUGGACGUCGGACAACCAAAGAAAGCUGAACAGACAGAAGCAGAAGAACCCGUCGAUGGAGGGAAGAGGAAAGGAAAAGGGUCGCGUCCUCUGAGGAUAGACCUGAUCCUCCAGCACGACUCCCUCGUCCCACCGGCCAAAGAUGUGCUGGCCUACCAGCAGCCGAAUGCCAAGAAGCUCCGUCGCAUCGCCCAGAAGGCUGAGCAGCUGGCGGCCAAAGGUGUGGUGCCUCGGAGGCAGAGACAGCUGCUGAGCAGACGGCCUGUUGACAGGACGGUCAAGAAGGCGGCGACAGAGGCCAACAACAACCCAGACAGAGGAUAUUACGACAUAUGGGGGCAAGAGUCCAAAGAUUCAGCCGAUCCCUGGUACCUCCAACAGACGGGAAAGAAGCAGGUUAAGCGUCCAGAGAAGCUGCUGCAGAAGCCGUCUGUGCUGCCCGCUGUGGAGGUGAUCGCUCCCGGAGGAUCCUACAACCCAGACUUCUUCUCCCACCAGGCUUUGCUUCAGGAGGCCCACGACGUGGAGGUCAAGAAACAGAAGCAAGAGGACAGAAUAGAGAGACAGCUGGCUGUCAACAAGGAGGACAAAGCCACAGAGGAGACGGUCCUCCGUGAGCAGGUGGAAGGUUUGGUAGAGGAGGAGGACGAAGAAGAAGAACAAGAAGGAGCUUCUAAUGACAACGAGGAGGAAGUGGUUGUGGGAGCGAUCGCUCUGGCUGAGAAGAAAACGGAGAGACAGAGGAAGAAGGAGAAGGCAGAGAAAAUUAAGGAGCAGCGCCGACAGGCCGACAGGAAGCAAACCGACCAGCAGCAGCAGCUCUUCCAGCUUCGCUCCAUAAAGGCCUCCAUCAAGCAGCAGGAGCAGAAGACCAAGACCAACCAGAUCAAACGCAAAGCCAAGCAGGAGGCCGAGAAAUCUCAGCCCAGACGUCUCGGCAAGCUCAAGUUCCAGCCUCAGGACCUGGAGGUCCAGCUGAGCAACGAGCUGGCCGGCUCCCUGCGACAGCUCAAGCCAGAGGGCAGCAUCCUCAAGGACCGCUUCAAGAGUCUGCAGAAGAGGAACCUCAUCGAACCCAGAGACCGAGCCAAGUUCAAGAGGAGACUCAAGGUGAAAUAUGUGGAGAAGAGGGCUUUCAAAGAGAUCGCUUAGCGGCAACCAGCAGACCGCCGCAGACCGCAACAAGAUGGACAACGUUUAAAUCCACCAGAGCAACAUGAUGGAACUGUGUAUAUACAAUGACUGACGAUUACAACUGCUGACACAUUGUUAUGUCACCAACAACAACCGUUUAUAAACCGUGACCGGAUGGGAGUGUUUCAUUAA